CUUGUUGUGGAUAGUGGAUAAUUUUGAUCGAAACACAAGUUUUUGUGGUGAAAUCGUAAUUACCAUUUUUUUUGAAUAAUUGGGCCUAACUUCUUUAAAUAUUAUUGGGCCAGAGAAGAGUUAUCGGGCUCGUUGAGAAUUAAAAAACACAUUUGAAAGAAAUUAUCAAAAAUAGAAGAAAUCACGUAGCAGACACGCGCAAGAGUUUUGAAGAUCUGAUACAGAAAUUUUUUCUCGGGAAAAUUCAGAGGGAAGAUCGAUACUUUCCACAACGGAGAAGGUGUUUCGUUUCUGCUGAUCAGCAGAUUACUUCUUCUUUUUCUCGGAUUGAUCCUUUUGGAUUCUUCGAAAGAUGGACCCUAAUAAUCAGAUACAGGCACCAGUUGAAAAUUAUGCAAACCCAAGGACAUGUCUUUUCCAUGUUCUCUUCAAGGGUGCUGCGUUGGCGUUUUACAUUCUCUCUGCUCUCUUCUUCAACAGCUUUGUCAUCAUCUUUGUAGUCACUGUUCUUCUUGCUGCUCUUGACUUCUGGGUGGUUAAGAAUGUCAGUGGGCGUAUACUGGUUGGUCUCAGGUGGUGGAACGAGAUCAAUGACUUGGGAGAAAGUGUCUGGAAAUUCGAGUCUCUUGAUCAGGAGUCUUUGGCUCGGAUGAACAAGAAAGACUCAUGGCUUUUCUGGUGGACACUUUACCUUGCAGUAAGUAUUUCAUAUCUAACACUUCAGUUGCAGCAUAAGCUAAUUACUUAAAACCCAUUCACAAUCAUUGUGGAACUUUAGUGGAUGACUAGGAAUAAGAAUAGGCAAGGAUAAACAUGUCCCUUAUAGUGGAAUAAGAAUAGGCAAGAAUAAACAUGUCCCUUAUAUUGAAGCAUAUUGUGCAAAGGUGGUAGAUAAGAAUUGAGAGCAGUCUUUUAGAAUCCCAUGUAGACCCAUAUAUAGAUCGCUAGACACCUGAAUAUCUUCCCCCAAGAAGCUACCAGUUAAAGAAGUUUGCGACAAAUGGUUUUUCCCUCUGCAUGAGUGGGAUAUAGCAUUUGACAUUGGAGUCAAAUCACAUGCGAAGUCACAUUACAAUAUAUGUUGAGUAGGGAAAGAUUAUCUGCUGGAACCAAGUCGGCCAUUUGGAGUAUAUCCUAUGAUCUUACACUGACUAAGUAUAAUAUUAGUUAAAACUUGGUAGCUUACAAACUUAUAUGCUCAGUUACCUUACAAGCGACUAUAAAGAGUGAGAUGUAGCCAUGAGAUGGUAGCUAUGGAUUUGAUGUCUAUGGCAGCUGCAUGGUUUAUCCUUGGGGUAUUUUCUCUGAUUAGAUUUCAAGCUGACUAUCUGCUUGUUGUUGGCGUUUGCUUGUCCCUCAAUGUGGCUAAUAUCAUCGGCUUCACAAAGUGCAAGAAAGAUGCAAAGAAACAAUUUCAGCAGUUUGCUUCGCAGACAAUCGCAUCACGGUUCCAAUCAACAGUACAAUCUGCCUUCACCCUUGUCUGAAGAGAAGAAAGACGCUUUUUUUAAGGGCUGUGAGAGCAAAGACGGUGUACAAAGAAGAUUGCCAAAACGACAUGGUUGGUUUUUUGACUGAUUGGUUUCAAAUGUUUUGUAAGAUUUAAGAGGUCCUAUAUUCGUCUUUCUAUGUAUUUUACAUUUUCGACUUACCUAUUAACAUUUUGCAUCUCGUAUGGUCUUAUUAUACGUAUAUUAGCCCUAAAGAAAAAUCAGAAAUUUUAAAGUCUCUGAUCCUUUCCAAUUCUGCAU